UACUGCAGCGGUCACUCAACAGGACUCCCCAAAAAGUCAUGCCAUGAAGACAAUGGAGCUUGUUUUUCUGCUCAUCUUCUUUCCGGUCACACUUUCAGUGAAACACUCGCUGAAGUAUUUCACCACAAUGUCCUCUGGUGUCAAAAACUUCCCAGAUUAUGUGGCUGUUGGGUUGGUUGAUGAAGUUCAAUGGGGUUACUGUGACAGCAUCAGUAACACAGUGGAAGGCAAACAGGACUGGUCACAAAAAAUGUUUGAAGAUGAUCCACAGCACAUGGAGUUGUACACUGAGAGGUGUUUGUCAAGCCAACAUAAAUACAAAGCUCACAUUGACAUUUUGAAGCAGCAACUGAACCAAACUGAAGGUGUCCACAUCUUCCAGAGGAUGCAUGGCUGUGAAUGGGAUGAUGAGACUGGAGAGGUUAAUGGUUUUGUUCAGUUUGGUUAUGAUGGAGAAGACUUCAUAGCAUUUGACCUGAAGACACUGACCUGGAUCGCUCCAAAACCACAAGCUGUCAUCACCAAACACAAGUGGGACAGAGAUACAGCUCACAAUGAAAUAAGGAACUACUUCAUCACCCAGGAGUGCCCUGAGUUUGUGAAGAGAUAUUUGGACCUUGGGAAGAGCUCUCUGCUGAGAACAGAGCUUCCCUCAGUGUUUCUCCUCCAGAAGACUCCCUCCUCUCCAGUCAGCUGCCACGCUACAGGUUUCCACCCUUACAGAGCCAUGAUGUUCUGGAGGAAAGAUGGAGAGGAGCUUCAUGAGGAUGUGGAACACGGAGAGAUCCUACUCAACCAUGAUGGAUCCUUCCAGAUGAGUGUUGACCUGAACCUUUCAUCAGUCACACCUGAAGACUGGAGGAGGUACGAAUGUGUGUUUCAUCUCUCUGGUGCAAAGAACGACAUCGUCACCAAACUGGACAAAAAAGUGAUCAGAACCAACUGGGUUUCUCCCUCAGAGUUCCCUGCUGGUCCUGUUAUUGGAGGUGUUGUAGGACUGCUGCUGCUCCUGGCAGUCUGCAUCACUGGAGUCUUCAUCUGGAGAAGAAGAGAUAAUGGAUUCAGGCCUGCAAACUCUUCAGACUCAUCAUCCUCUGAUCCAUCUUCAGUCAAAGAUGCAGCUCUUGACUGAUCACAGUGAGUAUUUCAUCAUGUCAUCAACACUGUGCAGAUACUGUAUGAAGAAUCUCUCUGUUGCUCCUCCUGAAACUAGCUACAGUAUACUGAUAUAAUACUCUCAUAAAUAUACUGAAAGUCUGCCUUUGUUAAAAAACUGUUUGUCU